AUGAUUAAAUUUCCAACUAAAUCUGAAUUAAAAAAACUAGAUAAGAAUGAACAUAGACAAAUUUCUCGAUUACAAGCUAGAUAUCAAGAAUACCUUGAGCAGAAUUUAUCAAAGAAUAAAGCCAAAAAAUUUUUACAACAUAACAGACAUAAAAUUGAGUAUGAUAUUUCAGUAAAUGAUUCUAAAUUAUCUGGCCAAUUUUAUGAAGUAAUCUAUUUAAUAAUUUUUGAAUAUCAAUAUUUACAAAUCAAAGAUAAUCUUUUAACAAAGUAUACAAAAUUCAAGGAUGAAAUUUUUAAUUCCUCAAACCCCAAUGAAUAUGUUAUAAACCUUUUACUUAAGUAUAGUAAAUUUGAAUUCAAACCACCUUUAUUUAUAAACAAACCAUCACUUUUGAUCCUGAUUGCUUGA